CCCAUCUCAGAGAAUUAUAGCGAUUAAUCUAAUCUCUUUAGAACUUUCUUAUAAUUAGAAAAACGCAACAUAAAGUUAAUGUGUUUCAAAUACUAUAAGUAUUAUUUAGUAAAAGUGUAAUGUCCCACCGACAUUAUAAGUAUUUUCAUUGGAAAGAUAAAUAUCAAAACUUAAUAAAGAUAUUCAAAGUCGCUUUUAAAGGACUCAUCAAUAAAAAAACUCAACAUUAAAAGAAAGUUAUUAAGCUGUCAGUUUCAUCCCUCUUAAGUGUGGUAACAAUAUCAGUAAAUAAUAAAAAAUAUGGGAAAUUUGAGCAGGUUAUACUAGCAAUCUUGGAUGUAUGUCUGUCACUACUAUUUCUUACUGUCAAUUGUUGUCAAAUGUCAAUUGUACUUCGUCGAGCAGUCAAGGAAAAUGUCUUAUGUGAUUCUGCUACUCUAAAUAUUAAUAUUAUUUUGAAAUCCCCAUUUCAGUCUAAGGAAAUUACUUCAAAUUUACUAAUGCAGAAUAUUUAGAACUGGUAUUAAUGGCCGAUUUACCGAAUGGCUGGGUUCAGCUGGUAUCUUUCUGAAGGCUUUCAAGUAAUUAUUGAAAAGUCAAAAGAAGCAAAAUGUUCUCUAAAAGAUAUUCAAUUGCGUUUCUUGUGCCCUGACGACUUAGAAGAAGUGCGAUCUCUUUGUAGAGACUGGUUUCCAAUAGAAUAUCCGCAGUCAUGGUAUGAAGACAUAACAUCAUCAGAGAGAUUUUUUGCUCUUGCUGCGGUUUAUAAAUGUCAAAUCAUCGGUCUAAUAGUGGCUGAAAUUAAACCUUAUUUAAAAUUAAAUACAGAGGACAGAGGAAUAUUGUCCAGGUGGUUCGCAUCAAAGGACACACUUGUUGCAUAUAUUUUAUCUCUAGGAGUGGUUCGGUCAUACAGACGAUCAGGUGUGGCUACAAUGCUCCUGGAUGUUUUAAUCAACCAUCUGUCUGGUCCUAUGCCACAGCCACCCCAUGAGCAUCGAGUAAAGGCUAUCUUCCUUCAUGUCCUCACUACUAACUCAGAAGCUAUACUCUUUUAUGAAAAGAGAAGAUUCCGCCUGCAUUCGUUCCUGCCGUACUAUUAUUCUAUAAAUGGACGUUGUAAAGACGGGUUUACAUAUGUAUAUUAUGUGAACGGUGGUCACGCGCCGUGGGGAUUAUACGACUACGUGAAGUACGUCGCGCGAGCGGCUUGGAGGGGGGGCGGACUAUACCCGUGGCUGUGGGGAAAGCUACGCACCGCACUCACUAUAGCGUGGCACAGACACGGUUUACAAUUGCGCGACGCGGCCUUUACAUUGCGACGGCGACGUGCGGCGAUACGAGACUGCGGACGCUUUCCUAUAACUAUGCAAUCUUAAAACUGGCUGUAUUAUAUUUAAGGUUAAUCACAAUACAGACUUAUCGCACCACGUCGUCCGUUAAAUCUCUGAAAUGUGAAAUAGUCCUUAGUUAUAACGGUAUAAAGCUGCACAUUGUUCGGCAAAUGUUAUCGAUUUACGAGUGCGUAUCGUUUUCUGAAGUAUGCGCGCUUAUUGAAUCGUUAUUGGUAGACGUUGAACAUUAUCAAACCAACAAUCGGUUUGAUUAUUCACUCGAUUGUGUUAUAUGAUAUAUAUAGAUGUAAUCAAUUGACAUUUACUGUAAAUUAUGAAUUUACAUAUUGAUUUUUAAUAUAUUUGUAUACUAUUAUUUAAUAUGGACACAAUACUAUUAAGAUAUACUGAAAAUUGAUAAAAUUUUCACUGAAAUUAUUUUAUUUUCAAUUGGUAUAAAUAACAUCUGCUGUUUCCUAUUUGACCUAAAAUGGGCCAGUUGCCGUACAAAGUCAAUUGAAACAAGUCUUAGCAUUAAGGCGUUAUUUUUGGAACAUUGAAUUUGUUAAUGCGACUCGGGAUACUCAAUUAUUUUUUAAUUUAUAAAAAGAUUAGAAUUUACAAUUUAUUAAUUAUAAAACAGGUAAUACAUAAAAUUAUAAAUUAUUAUCUCAUUCUAUUAAUAAAACAUAUGGCAUUUAUUUAAUUAACUAACAUUAAUUUAAAUGUUUUAAUACAUACCUACUUAAAAUUCAAAUAAAAUGUAACAUUUUCCUCUAAAAUCAUCCUGUAAAGUCAAAUCUAACAAGAACGUCUGCUAAAACUCUCCUUUCAUCAAGUACUCAAUUUUAUUAGUAGUUAAGUUUAAAGUAAAAAAAAAAACUAUAGUUUCUAUUUUCACUGUUGUUUCACUACAAAAUGUAGAGAUUUCACAGAAAUGAUUAAUAAUUUUCACGUUGAAUUGAUCAAAUUUUACUAAGAUAAUAGUUGUAUUUAGAAUUCACGCAUUUUCAGAUAUCACAAAUGUUGUACAUAUGUCGUGUUAUACAGUCAACAGCACGUCAGGUUAUACAAAACUACUCGAAUUUAAACUGUAAUAUAUUGCGGGUAGUAUUCAUAAUCCAUUGAAAAAAAUUUGACGUAUUGUGAUAACCUGAUAUGCAAGGCGUGUGUACAUGACAAAAAGUCGUUAAAAUAAUUACUAAAAAUAUCAUUGAACAAUAAUUUUGACACACUGUAGUUUUGUAAUGUUAUUGUGAUUGUGACGAAUCAAACUGACACAUUAUGAAACUGAAGAUUUCGGGUGUUUUCCUCAAGGAAGAACCAGGUUUUCCUUAUAGUUAGGUGGUUUUCCUUACAGUUAUGUGGUUUUCUUUACGUAAAGGUUUCAUUAAUUUUGCUUAUCAAUGGAUGGCGUUACAGUUUUUUCACGACUGCCCAAAAACCGUCCUAAAUUACAAAUAUUCCACAGGACGGUACCCCUUACGAUUUUGACUGCAAUGUUUCUUUUCCAUUUUAGUUCGAUUUUGGCAGUCGCGUUUUUGUAUUUUUAAAUUAUUUAUUAUAAAUUUAUGAUUUGAAACUUUAUGAGUGGAAUGUCCGUAAUCUAUAUCGUUAUUUACCGGUUACUGCGUAAUAUUGUAUGAUGGACUAAAAUUAUUUUUUAUUAAAAGAGGUUUUAAUUUUUUAUAAGCUUUUUUAAAGAAAAAUAAAAAUAAACCAAUUAUGCAGGGUGUAACAUUUAGAGGGCCAGAAUGGCAAAGUCUGAAACUAUAAUACUAAGAUAUAUUAUUAGGAUCCAUGUUACCAAUAUUAGUGACAAGAAGAAAUGCAUUCAUACUUUAAAAAAAAAUAGUUCGGGAAUAAAACCCGGAAGUUUUGAAAAAUAAAAGUUAAUUAUUUCUACUUAGAUACCAAUUAUGUAGGUCCUAAGCAGUUAAUGUUACUUGAAAUAUUAUAUCUAAAAUUUAGUUUUUUUAUUAAAAAAGGCGUAACAAACUAAAAUUAUACAUACAAAUGAAAGAGUAUAGGCUUUUUAACUGGUAAUUAAAUAGUAAUAUAACAAAUUGGAACACUGGUGCCAUCUGUUGACAAGUUAUAAAGAAUGAAAUCUUUAUCCUUAAAGAAACAACGUCUGAUUACCAACUUAAUUCGAAAUAAAUUUUACUAGUAAACUUAAACAUUUAAUUUUAUGAAUACUAUCAAGUAUACAGUUUUUAAUUAAGUUUUGUAUAACAACCUUUGCUGACACUACCUAACAUAAAUCAGUUUUGCAAGUAAGAACUCAUAUUAACAUUUUCUGAAGAGUUACUCUUCCAAGAUAAAUAAUUUAUAAUGUAAUAAACGUCUAUAAAAACAUAUUGUGUCAGUUUAAAUUAAUAUGUUAAAUUUUUUGUGAUAAUUUUAGUACUCUAAAAGCUUUAAAUUCGAAUUGAGACGCUGAUACCGGAGUAAUUUCAGUAUAUUGACGGAUUUCUUUUUAGUGAUGACAGAAUUGAAACAAAUUAUUUAUAAGAGGUUUUUUUUGCGAUAACGUUGUCUAUGCAGUAUUGUGUGCCAUGAUUAACUGCCAAGAAAAUUAAAGUAAGGUGCCUGUGUGUUCAGUAAUUUAUGGUAUAAUCUUAUAAAUUAACUUGGAACGUCGUGUGAAAGCUAUAUUUUUCGGCAUAAUAUAUGGCGUAAAUUUUACAAUACAAAUCUAUUAACCUUGACGACGUUUUUUGCCAAUAUUGAGUUUACUGAUAUACUAACAGAAUAAAUUACUAAUGCCAAUACAGGGUUAAUUGUUAAAUGCCAGCAAGCUCGUAGACUAUAUAACAAGAUAAUUGAACGUAUAUAUAAGUCUACGUUUUAUAUAUAAACGAAAGGACGCCAAUAUAGCGCGCUAUACAAAUUACCAACAUAUAAGUUACAUUAGAGAAUAUUCUCGCGACUUCACCCGUGUUAAAUAUAGCCUUUAUCACUAGUGUAUAAUGUAACUUACUAUUUAAUGCCGUCGAUGAAAAAUAAUAAAAAGCCAAAUUAGAAAAUAACGCCAUCUGUUGGUGCAGAAAAAUAUCGUAAUCGCAAUGUUCCAUAUUUAAACUUAUCGAAGUCUGUUAACCCUUAAAUGCAUAGCGUUUCAAAAAUGAAACGGUAAAUUUAUGCCCUUGUAGAACAAGGUAUUUGUUAUGUGCGGACUUGGCUGUAUGGUUAUUUGAUGCCUCAGUCCAUAAUUAAUUUGAGUGAAUUAAAAAAAUAACAGCCAUAGAUUAGCGUGCGGCGCGAAAUGUCAUUUUAAAAAAAUUUGGAGCUUCUUUGGCGCCAACUACUAUUUACUGAAUUUGCAGUUUGUGAUUAAAAUUAAAUUAAAGAGUACUUUUAUCCGUGCAAAAAUAAAUUGUAUUGGUAAGUUUGUCUAUUUUUUUAUUAUGCUUCUGCUUUUUGGUUAUAUACCUGAAUUAUAUGUUUUUUUCUCAAAAAAUGUAAUGUUUCAAAAAUGAUACAGUAUGCAAUAACGGUAUGAUGAUUGGUGUGCUAUUGUAUGCGACAAUUUUGGUGGUGGUUGAAUGUUUAUGCAUGGUUUUAUGUGCUUUUUACAGUGAUGGCUUCAAAAGCAUGCUCAGAUGACCAAAUAGAACAUAUUCUUCGAAGAUUGGAAGCAGGUGACAUAUCAGAGGAUGACUGUGAGUCUGAAGGAGACGAUUUGGAUUUCUAUCCCACGAGAGAAGAGUUACUACAGGUACUAGAAGAUGACUUUCCGCCUACUAAUGAUGAUGAGACUGGUAAUGAUGAAGGCAGAUCAGAUCCUCCACUUAUAUGUGAUGAUGAGUAUAUUCAUGUCUCAUCUUCUGCCGCAGACCAACGCAUCCCAAUCAGGCAAAUGAUAUGGAAAAAGCAAAGCUUUCCAUUCGAUGAAAAUAGAAUGAGAUUUCAGAGCGACACGCCUCUUUCUUCAGAUGUAGUUAAUCUAGACACUCCUUUUAAUUUUUUUUCGUACUUUUUUACAAAAGAACUUUUGGAAGAAAUAGUACACGAGACCAAUAAAUACAGCGUACAAAAAAAUCCAGCUCGUCCAGAUACGAUUACCGUUACAGAGUUGCGUCAGUAUUUUGGUAUUCUUGUAUAUAUGUCCGUCUUUCGGUACCCAAGUGUACGUUUCUACUGGAACACUAAGCAUGCUUUUACCCCCAUAUCAGAGACUAUGGCACUAAAUAGAUUUGAAAAGAUUAGAAAUAUCCUGCAUUUUAACGACAAUGAAAAGCAUAUGCCACAAGACCAUCCAAAUCAUGAUAGACUUCAUAAACUAAGACCAAUAAUAGACCACCUAAAUAAUAAAUUUGGAUCCAUACCUUAUGACCAACGUCUCUCAAUAGACGAGCAGAUGUGCGCCACUAAGUUAGCUCAUUUCAUGAAACAGUACUUGCCCAACAAGCCCCAUAAAUGGGGUUUCAAAUUAUUUGUCAUGUGUUCUUUGCAAGGAUUUGCCUAUCAAUUUGAGAUUUAUUCUGGCAAAAUGAUUCAUGAUCGUCUUUCGACUGAGCCAGAACUUGGUGCAGUUUCUGAUACAGUUGUCAGACUAACACGAGGUGUGCCUAGAAACCGCAACCAUAUAAUUUAUUUCGAUAAUUUUUACACCAACAUACCGCUUAUGCAUUAUUUUGCUCAACACGGAAUUUAUUGUCUUGGAACCGUUCAACGUAACAGACUAGGUAAGAACUGCAAAUUACCUUUAAAAGCUGAGGUUAUGAAGAGUAAUGUACCGAGAGGUGAUUACGUUGAAAACGUCUCCAGUUACGAAGGAACACCAGUAACCGCCGUUAGCUGGAAAGAUAAUAAACAAGUGAUACUCCUCUCCACAUAUGUUGGAGCAGAUCCCAUUGAGACAAUCGAGAGAUACGAUAAAAAAGAGAAGAAAAAGGUGACUAUCCCUUGCCCAAGACUGAUAAAGGAAUAUAAUUCGCAUAUGGGUGGGGUCGACCUAAUGGACAGUUUUUUAGGUCGAUACCGCAUUCAUAUGAAAAGCAGAAAAUGGUAUUUGCGUAUCUUUUAUCAUCUUUUAGAUAUCACCAUUAUAAAUUCCUGGGUUCUUUAUCUAAAAGUAAAUAAACAAAAGGGAAUCCAUCCAAAGAACCUUAUGAACUUGGCGGAGUUUCGCGCUGACUUGGCUGAAGCUCUGUGUAAAUAUGGAACACACAGAGAGAAUAAGAGGGGAAGACCUAGCUCAAGCAUUGAAGAAGCAAUAGCC